GCCUGGCGACCGAGCGGGUCCCGCUUCUCUGGACAGCCGUUGCAUCCCACCCGGCCUUUGCCGGUCGAAGGCGGGUUGCACACCCCGCAGGCUCUGCCGGGCGCGGCCAGGACACCUGAAUCACGGCAGAGGCCACUCGGAGCCAGGUCAAAUUUGUCAAAAUGUCCAUGAUCCCGAAGCACUUUGGCCUGAAAGCCAGAGAAGAGUCUUACAUGUUUAAAGAGCUUGAAAAAGUUCGCCAAGAGACGAAAAGGGAUUUCUUUCAAUUCAAGCAGAAGCUGGCCUACAGGCCGGCUCCAGUGGACAGCUCGGACCACUCUCUGCAGGGCUCCGACCUGGUGUGCCCUACGGAGAUGAGGCGCGUGCAGUCUGCUGCUCGCAGAGGGCUCUCAGGGUCCGCUCUGACUGAGGGCCCCGCGACCUCCGCCACCGCGCGCCUACAGGGGGCGCUCCGAGGCGUCGGGCGCCCGCCGGCCGCCACCGUGAGGACAGGGUCGUUCUGCCCCCAAGACUUUUACUUGCGCAGCUCCGCGUUCCUACGGCACCGGUCCCCGAAGAAGCCACCCGCCAUCGCCUCACAGGCCGGCACGUCUCGGCCCGUGGUGCUGCUGCCGCCGUCUACGUCGCCGGUGAAGCCAAGAGCGCGCCCGGGUCCCGGGAGCCCUCGGCCCGCAGGGCCGGUUCUGGACUGGGCCCGCGGGCGGAGGACGAGCCAGGGGGCGCAGCUGGUCCCCGAGGGCCACAAGGCCAAAGCCAAGAAGGCCAGCCGCGUCUCUAGCGAGGAGAGCGACGCGGAGGCGGCCGGCGGGCGGAGAGUGAGGCUCCGCGCGGGCUUCGCGCCCCGUGGCUCGGGCGCGGGGCAGGCCGGGAUCGGGAUCGGGAUCGGGCCGGGCUCCAGGGCGGCGCGCGAGGGCGGCGCGGCCAGCGAGGCGCAGGCGGGGCUGCGCACGCGCGCGGUGCCCAAGUCCAUCCAGGAGAUCAUCGCCUCGGUGCAGUCCGAGGACCAGCUGGCCUCCGACCAGAUCAUCAGAGAGCUCAUAGAGAGCGUCCUGGGCCCCGACUACGACGUUAGGAUGGAAGAUAUAGCUUUGAUGGGAAAAACAUAUGUCAAAACACAUGAUGUGCAAGCAGAAACACUGACGAUGGAAGAAGAGCGUGUCUCACAGAUGAAUAUCGAGGAACCUUAUAUGAGUAUGUCUGAGGAGCUUCCUGAUGAAGGCUCAAGUAUUGUUCAAACUGAACAGGAGGAUGCAUCGGAUCGACCAUCUUUAGACACAGAAGACAUAGCAUUUAAAUAUCAAGAAUCAUUGGAAAUGCACCCAACAGAGGAAACAACUAAACGUAUGGAAGAUGGGCAGCUCAAAAGAGACUCUAAAGUACUUAAGCGGGUAUCCAUAAAGGUGCAAUCAUCAGAAUUCUUGCAAAUCACAGGAAAAGAAGUUAAGCGAACACGACGAAGUAAAUCAGAAUUCAUACCACUGAGACGAAAAAAGUCUUUAAAAUCCCAAGUAGAUCAAAAACUACUUAAAAAAAUCCCACAGGCCCAUUCCCCUCCUCACCUUCACCAUUUGUGCACCACCACUCCAGCCCAGCAGUUGCCAGUUGACUUGCAUCUGGCCUCUCGCAUGUGCCAUACUGCUGACAAGAAAGGCCACAGCACCCUGCUUGGAGUCUUUGGACCAUCUUUCCUAGAUGUUCACUUUGUAGAAGCACAAAGAGAUAGACUACUGUGUGGAAUUCCUGUUACGGAUGAAAACCAAAAGAGUAUCAGCAUUCCUCCAGAACCAUCAAGGCUGCCUCCUGAAACAGCGCAGAGACUUAGAUGGCGUUUUCACAAACCACACCUGGAACUCUUGGGACAGGAAAUGUCUGCUUAUCCAGGAUGUACAAAAAUGUUUUGGAAUCCAGCUGCACCCAAAUUUGCUGUUCCAGAGUGUAUCAUAAAGAAAACUAUAUAUCCACAAUAUGAGAGUGUUCAAACAAGUAGAAUUUUAAAUAAGAAAUUUUUAGCUGGCAGCAAGGAAAAUGUCAUUUUGUAUGAGAGUAGCAAUUUUCCGGCUUUCUUACUAAGAAAAUGUAUAUCAUCUGAAAAUAUCCAACAUGUCAGUUGUCAACAUUCCACACAACAGAAGAGAGCAAAAUCUGAAGUCACAUUGAGGAAGGAGGAGGCCAUUUCACCAAUAGAAAUCAAGGAUGACCUGCAAAGCAACAUAAAAGCAUUGUUGUUCCAGAAAGCAAAGCAGCUGGAGCACCAACUUGCUGAGCAAAAUAAAACCAAAGUGCCUCCCACCUCUGUGAAAGAAAAUAGAGAUGUCAUUUUAGACGCCACCAUUCAGGAAGAACGCAGUUCAAAACAUCUGUCUCUCUCUCUCAUUGAGGCAUCGAAACAAGCUGGCAUUACUUAUGUUGUUUACCCCAAGGAAAAAAAAAUGAAACUGAAGAAGGGACUGAAAUUUGAAAAACUUACAGUUGUGUGUGAAGAGUUAUCUAAACCUCCAAACAUGAUUAAAAGAUCAGCAUCACAUGGAAUACUUCCAGGACAGAAGAAACAUUUACUCAAAGUUCCAUUAUAUGAACGUAUAAUACGGAGUCCCAGCCUUCCUGUGUCUUUAAAUUUUGAUAAAUUUUUUGAAAGGAAAGGAGGAAUGCUAGAAAAUAGUAAUCCUUACAUAUGGGUUCACGAUAUACUCUUUAAAGAUCAACUUCAGAAAAGAACCAGACAGGCUGAAAUCACUGUAAAAAGAGACUUUUCGGAAAGCACAGAAGAACCUGAAACAGCACAAUUAAGUGAUUCUUUGGGAUGUGAUCUCCCACCAGAGGUUAUAAAAUAUUAUGAAUCUGAAAUAGAAGUCUUGACUGAAGAAAUCAAAGACAAGAAAACAUUUCCUGCAUUUGCCUAUUGUAGACGUGGAGCAAUUUUUAGGAAACUGGGCAAAUUACAGAGUGCCAUGAAUGAUCUACAGGAAGCUAUUCUCUUGGAGCCAUUGUUUCUCAAUGCCUAUUGGCACCGGCAUUUCAUUUAUUUGUUUGAAGACAAAAUUAUUGAGGCUUUGGAUGACUUGAAUUAUAUAAAUAAACAUAAUAAAAAUAAUGCAGAUGUGUAUUUGUCUAAGGCUGAAAUUUACAAGAACAACAACAACAUUACUUUAACAAUUCUAAACUAUAGCUGGGCAAUUAAGUGCAGACCCACAGAUGCUGAUAUCUAUUUCAGGAGAGGUCAAGCUUAUGAAAAAGAGAACAGAGUACUGGCCUUUGAUGACUUUUCUAAAUGUAUAUUUUAUGAUCCCAAAAGAACAGAUGCAUUAUUGAAACGUGGGCAGUUUUAUUUUGCAAAUAAAAAUUGGAUUUCAGCCAUACAUGAUUUUACAACUUUGUUAAAUAUAGACCAGCAAAAUUCUGAAGCGUGGACGUACAGAGGGAAAGCAUAUUUUAAAAGGCACCUUUAUAAACAAGCGACUCAAGACUUUUCUACUGCUAUUCACUUAGAUCCUAAUAAUUGGACAGCAUUAUAUUAUCGAGCUUGCAUAUUUAGAAAGUGUAAUCCUCUUAGAGCACUACAGGAUUAUAGUGUUUCAGCUCUCAUAAAUGAUGGCUAUGAAAAUCUUGAUUGUUUUCUACAUCGGGGCAUAGUCUAUACACAUCUCAAACUUUGGUGGCUGGCAAUUUGUGACUUUGAAACUGUUAUUUCUCUAGAAAGAACUUAUACUUUGGCUUAUGUAAAUAUUGGCCUCAUACAUAUGUUACACUUGGAUAAUUACACUGCAGCCAUUUGGUACUUUUCUGAGGCUAUUAAAAUUGAUCCUUUGUAUAUUCAGAGCUAUAUGUGUAGAGCAGAAGCUUAUUAUAAGUUGCAUAAAUGGAAAAGUGCAGUCAAAGAGUUAACUCGUGCUAUUCAUCUUCAGCCAGAUGAAAUUCAGUUAUACAUAAUAAGAGGUCAAUAUCUUCUUAUGAUGAAAUGUAAUGAUCUUGCAAAGUUUACUAUUUAUCAAGUAGCAGAAAUGAACAAAGGUCUGAUUGAAUUGAGUCCAAUACAACAAGCACACAUUUAUUUAUUUUGUGAAAACCAUGAAAAAGCCAUUCAGGUCUUGGAUGGGAUGCCAUGGAAUAGGUCAGAGAUGACCACGUUUACAUUACUAGCAAAAGCCCAAAUGAAGGCUAAGAAAAUCAAGGAAGCUGUGAAAAUUUUUAAAAAGAUCUUAGAUUUCUUUGCGAAUUUUGACAGAGGACCAAAUGCCGUAGCUAUCACAGCAGACUGUCUGCAUAAUUUAGGUCUUUGUUACAUGGAAGAAGGCAACUGGCAAACGGCUUUUGAUUAUUUUACAAAAGCUGUGAAAGCAAAUCCGGAAUUAGCAGAAGGCUUCUAUCAACGAGGGCUUUGUAAGGUGAAACUCCAGAAGGAUAACUCGAUUCUAGAUUUUAAUCGUGCAAUUGCUCUGAAUCCAAAACAUUUCCAGGCAUAUUUAAGCAGAGUAGCCUUCUAUGGCUUAAAAGGCAGAUACUCGAAAGCAAUUUUGAAUUGUAACGAGGCCAUCAAAAUUUACCCUCAGAGUGUGCGUGCCUACCUCUACAGAGGAGUUCUGAAAUACUACAACAAGAAUUACAAACUAGCUAUUAGAGAUUUAACUACAGCUAUCAACAUGGACAAAAACUGUUAUGUGGCAUUUUAUAACAGAGCAUUAUGUUACACCAAGAUAAGGGAACUUCAAAUGGCAUUAAUAGAUUUUGGAAUUGUGCUGCUCCUUGAUGCCGGAGAAACUAUAACAUUAAAUACCUUCAUUAAUCGUGGACUCAUCUAUAUUGAACUUGAGCAGUACGGCUUUGCAUUAGAGGACUUUAAGCAAGCUGCACUGAUAAGCCAGACUGACGUCCACCUCUGUCAUGCUACCGCCAUGUGCCACCACAGAAUUCAAGAAUUCAAAGAAGCUAUCAGUUUCUUUACACAAGCUCUUAGUAUUAACCCACUUUUUCUGGAUGCAUAUAUUGGACGAGGAAAUUCUUACAUGGAAUAUGGACACGAGGAAGCCAUUAAACAAGCACAGAAGGACUUUCUGAAAGCACUGCAUCUUAAUCCAUUAUGCACCAAAGCCAGGAUUAGUCUGUGCUAUAAUUUGCAGGCCCAAGGAAAAUUGCAGAAAGCUUGGAACCACUUUACCAUCACCAUGGACAUUGAUCCACAGAACUACCUGGCCUAUGAAGGAAGAGCUGUGGUCUGUCUUCAGAAGGGUAUUAAUUUUGCUGCAAUGCAAGACAUUAAUGCAGCUAUAAAGAUCAAUAGGACUGCAGAGUUCUUAACAAAUCGCGGUGUGAUUCAUGAGUUUAUGGGUCAACAACAGAAUGCAAUGAAAGACUAUCAAGCAGCGAUUGCUCUAGACCCCAAGUACUGGCUGGCUUACUUUAAUGCCGGAAAUAUCUACUUUCACCAUCGGCAGUUUUCUCAGGCCAGUGACUACUACUCAAAGUCUUUAAAGUUUGAUCCGGAAAAUGAAUAUGUUCUCAUGAAUCAAGCCAUUACAAAUACAAUACUAAAUAAAUAUGAAGAAGCAAAAGAAGAUUUUGCAUGUCUAAUUGACCGCUGUCCCUUUUGGGCUGCAGCGUAUUUUAACAGAGCACAUUUGUACUGCUUUUUAAAGCAGUAUCACCUUGCUGAGGAAGACCUUACUACAGCCCUGUCUUUGACGCCUAAUGAUGUGCUGGUAUAUAACCUCAGAGCAGAAGUUCGGGGUAAAAUAGGUCUGACAGAAGAAGCUAUGGCUGACUACAACCAAGCACUUGAUCUUGAAGAAUAUGCCUCAGUUGCCUGAGUUUAUAGACUGUGCUGUGAUUUCUGUGGUAGCUUACAUUUACAUGGCUACGCCUCCUGAAACUGAAAUGUAUUUGUUCAGAAGUUUGUACCACCUUCUGCAUUUUCUGCAUUUUGCUUAGUCUUCUAUAUUAUCCUUUAAUGCAUUUUAACAGAUUGUUUCUAUAUAUUGGGAAUAUCUCAAUAAUUGAAUUUCUUCACAAAUUGUAGAAUUUACAUGAGAAAGUUUCUCAAGGAAUAUGAAUACAUAAAAUAUUUUAUCUAAAGUAAAAUAAUUUCCUUUGAAGUAGUAUGUAGAAAAAAUGUUAUCAACCUUUUCAUGGAUUCCUACACAGAAUAUGUCCAACAGUAUCCAGAUAAAGGAUGAAUACAAGAUGAUAACUAUAAAAAUAUUAAAAUCACAUGCAUUUCCUCUCUUCUUUAAAUAAUGUAUAUACUGACUUGUAUUCUUUCUGAUACAUUUUUUCAGCAGAUAAACAUGUCUCUCUUUUUCAUGUUCCUUUUUUUCUAAGAUAGCAUCUAUAAAGAUUUCAGGUAACCCAGUUUUCUGAGAUAACCUUUUCUGCCUUUUUAGUUCUGGUCUCAACAAUGCAUACGUAUAUGCCGAUUGUUUAACUAUACGUGAAAAUCUGUCUGCACUUGUGAUUGGUGUAUCAUAACAGUAGAUGGGUUGAGAAAUUAAAACAGCCAAACAUUCUUUAUAGAAUGUUUCUAAGAGAUCUUUGAAUCAAUCAGAGAAUGCCCUUCUUUUAUAUCACUGAUGAUAACAAGACGAAUGGACUUUUAUUUCAUUUGGAUUUGCUUCACCAGCUUAUGUUCCUUCUUGGUAUAUUUUUGCUGGUACCCAUCCAGUUCCUUAGAAGCCUGGUUCCACCAAGAUUAGCAAUUGGAAGAAAUACAUCUGCCCACUCAGCCUUUUUUGUUUUAGGCUAGCUGCAGAUUUCACAAUAGAAAGUUGAUUUUAGUUUGUAAGCCACUGUGCAAAAGUUUCAUAAUAUUUUAGGGUACUUUUCCUGGUGACAUGUGUGGGUACAGGAAAGUGUGAGGAAUGGGUCAUCCCCACUGAGUCACACUGCCUGGUGCACUAAACCCGUGUGAUCAGUUGUUUCAGAGCCUUUUCUCUCAAGGUCUCGAGGUCCUGUUAUCCCUGCCUUGGUCACAGGUGAGAUUCAGGCUGACUGUGCUCUGUAGGCAGCGCCACUCCUCCUGCUAUGCUCACAUCUCACACCUCUUCCUGGUGGGCCUGGGCUCCUUUAUCAGUGAUCAGGGGUUGGAUGUGCAGGCUUCCCUUCAUGCUGUCCCCAUGCACUGCAGAUGUGCAGAAGAUCCGAGUCUCUAUCAUAUGCACCUUUGAUAAUAAGGAAAAGGGACGAGGAGAUAAAUUUCUCUCCCAUGCAUCUCUUGGUGAUGUCCAGAUAGGUUUUAAAUAGGUUCCUGAAAAAUAGUCCUGGGAAUUUAAGCAGUUAGUUGCCUUUACUGGUGGCCAAUAAAAGCACAAAGUACACCUCUUAUUAUUGCUUUUGUUUUCCUUGACUCACUUCCAUUUCUUACAUCCCGGAUUCUCUGUGAUUUAACUUGAUAAAUAGUGGCUCAAAAGCAUUUUCCUUAGAUUCUGCUUUCCAAGGGAAUUCAGAUGAAGCCAAUUAGUAAUUUAAUAUCCCACCCCCAACUGCACACUAGUUACCUUCCAUAUGAGGCAGGAUGUAACAACUAAUGGAGAAUGAUACAAACUGAGGAUCACAGCAGCAUAAUGGAGCCAAUCAUGACUAGCUUGUCAAAAGGCUUCAGGUCCCUUUGUGCAUAUUUCUUCACAUCUGAAGUUUCCAUUUGCACUGAUGGCACCCUAUGAAGACACCUCUGGUGUUCCUUCAGAAGUGUUUAUCUCCAUCCACAGAUAGACCUCCUCAAAACUGCAGAGGGCUUAAUGAUAGGGGAGAAACUUCAGCUAACAGCAGAGGAGAGAUAAGGAGAAACUGUUCAACUCCCCUGGCCACUGAGUGGUAAUUUCCCCAGCGUUCCCCAGUUCCAGCGUAUAAAAUUCAUGUAGAACACAUAUUUUGUCGGUUUCCUCCCUUUCCUGACCCUCCUCACCUAUCUCCUUUUCUGUUGACAAAGCUCCCCUUUGAAGUAAAUCACUUGUACUAAAAUCUUUAUCUCAGGGUGCACUUCUGAAGCAUCUGAAUGUAAAACAGCAUCACCAAAGAAGAGGUAUUAGAGCUGAAUUUGGAGCAGGGUAACAUCUGUUGGCAGAGAUGCUGAAUAGUAAGAUCUUCCGAAGAGACCAGUCAUCUGCACAGAUACACAGAAGCAGGAAAAUGGAAAAUUAACAUUUGAGGAGGAGUUGAAGUAGAGAAUUUCUGUGAGAAAAUGGUGGAAACGAAGCAGAGCUUCCAGUCAGUCAGAUGUGAAGGAUCCUCAGCACUGGAUAAAGGAAUUAAAAUUCAAAGUAAGGAGUUAAAGCUUGACUGCGGGUGUGAGAGAGAACGUGGCAGAUGGACAGAGAAAGGAAGUGUCUUUCAUUCCCUUUGUUUCCUUCCAUAUUAGGGGUUUUUAUAGCAUCAUCAAUAAAAAUUGGACCUUGGAAAAUUGA